AAUCAGAAAAGCGAAAGAACCUCGUUCCGCACCGAUGCAGUUCUGAAGAAGUUCUCUCUCAGGAUGCAACGCGUAACCGGAAAAAGUCGACGGGAUCACAUUCUGGAGGUCUGUGCCUCGGGUGCAGAAACAGAUCUAUUCAUUGCGCUUGUGCAGAGAUUCAGCGCACGGGAGAAACACUUCAUCGCGACUCAGGAUACUUGACAGAGCGACCCCCUGGGGCGCCGUCAGCUGAAGACGCCUGUGGCACUGAUGACGAAUCUAAACCGUUCACAACGGACUUUGCGAACGCUAGACAUUUCAUGAAGAACAAUCCCUACAUAACAGAAGGUUAUCGCACCUUCAGAUCAAAGGAGAAAUGCAUACGAGGAAUUUUCCUCUGGAAUAAUGAAACCCUUAAUAUAUGGACGAACUUCGUGGCUCUUAUCGGCAUUUUAGUCCUGUACACGUUGGACUUACUCUUCAACUAUUCCUCUAUCGGAUUCAACUCUUUCGACAAAAUCCUCAGCGGCGUCAUGAUCGUGAAUUAUAUGGCAAUGCUGCUUUUCAGCUCGAUAUAUCACAUUUUCAAUUGUUGCUGUUAUCGUUGCCAUCGUUAUUGGUACUUCUGGGACUUCGUGGGAAUCGUGGCGUCCGUCUACGCGUAUGGAGUCGGGUUCCUGUUCCUCCAGUUUCGAUCUAUUCCCUUCUGGAUAAGUUUCUACGCGACCAUUAUGUCGAUCAUCGCCUUGAUUCCGAUAUCUAUGUGCUUCCACGAAAAAUUCGCUCAUGAGCAUUACGAUGAAUCCCGAUCAAUCUGGAUUGGCGGCUUCGUCAUGUUCAGCAUCGUGCCCAUAGUUCACUAUGUUAUUCUGCAAGGCGGUCUCGGCAGCAUUGUUGUGAAGUAUACCCUCCCGCACCACAUAAUUGUGAUAGGCUUGCUGGGAGCAAGCUACAUCAUCUACGAAACUAAGGUCCCUGAAAGAUUGUUUCCCGGAAGACUGAACUUCGUGGGUUCAUCUCAUCAGCUGUGGCAUUGUGGAAUCGGAUGUUCCGUAUUCAUCGCGCGCUCCCUUUAUUUCCAGUACAUCGAAGCUUUCAAGUUGAUGGAUACCCCCAUCGAUUCGCUGGAGUGAAUCCGCAAUGAACGAAGGGAAUUCUCUGGGCUGUACCCUAGACAUUAAAUUGACCAGAAACGCCAUGUAGUGAGGUGUUCGGAGCGCGACAUCCGACGCGAGUGGAGGGAGGAGAUUCAAUUGAUGGCUGCCUCCUGCGCAUCCACUCGCUUACAUUUAGGGAACGAAGCCAGGCCACCCAAAUCGAUGCAAUGAACCUUUCGAGUUGGUUUCUCUUUCCAAUGAGGGAGCGUCGAACCCACGGGUGCUCAUCUAGCCUACAACGAUUCACUAUGUUCCCUCAGACGCCGCACCCUGCGAAUAGUGUGAUGCUUCAG